CUCAGGGGCCAUGCUAAUCUUCUCUGUAUCGUUCCAGUUUUUGUAUAUGUACUGCUGCUGAAGUGAGCAUCCUUUUUAUUUUUUUAUUUUAUUACAGGGUCUUGCUAAGUUGCGUAGGGUCUUUCCAAAUUGCCUGGACUGGCCUUUAACUUGAAGUCGUUCUGCCUCAGUCUUCUGAGUAGCUGGGAUUACAGGCAUUGAUCAACAUUUCCUGGAUGAAUUGGACCAUCUAUUAGGAGACUUGAUUGUUAAGUUUCUAUAAAUGAAUGGGUCAGUACUAUCUUGUUUGGAGUGAUGUUGAAGUUCCAAGAGCUGGCUAAGCGUGUGAGUGCAGCAACAGCUGUUUCCACUUAUCCAGAGACCUUGAUUGCAAGAAGAUAUGUGCUUCAGCAGAAACUUGGCAGUGGAAGUUUUGGAACUAUCUAUCUGGUUUCAGAUAGGAAAGCCAAACGAGGAGAGGAAUUAAAGGUACUAAAAGAAAUCUCUGUUGGAGAGCUAAAUCCAAAUGAGACUGUGCAGGCCAAUUUGGAAGCCCAGCUCCUUUCCAAGCUGGACCAUCCAGCCAUUGUCAAGUUCCAUGCAAGUUUUGUGGAGCAAGAUAAUUUCUGCAUUAUCACGGAGUACUGUGAGGGUGGAGAUCUGGACUAUAAAAUUCAGGAAUAUAAAGAAUCUGGGAAAAUCUUUUCAGAAAAUCAAAUAAUAGAAUGGUUUAUCCAGCUGUUGCUAGGAGUUGACUACAUGCAUGAGAGGAGGAUACUUCAUCGGGAUUUGAAAUCGAAGAAUAUAUUUUUGAAAAAUAAUUUACUUAAAAUUGGGGAUUUUGGAGUUUCUCGACUCUUAAUGGGAUCCUGUGACCUGGCCACAACUUUAACGGGAACUCCCCAUUACAUGAGUCCUGAGGCUUUGAAACACCAAGGCUACGACACGAAGUCGGACAUCUGGUCACUGGCAUGUAUUUUAUAUGAGAUGUGUUGUAUGGAUCAUGCAUUCACUGGCUCCAAUUUCUUGGCCAUUGUUUUAAAAAUUGUUGAGGGCAACACACCUUCCCUCCCUGAGAGAUAUCCAAGAGAACUAAAUACCAUCAUGGAAAGCAUGUUGAACAAGAGUCCUUCAUUGAGACCAUCUGCUAUAGAAAUUUUAAAAAACCCUUACAUUGCUGAACAGCUACAGCACCUGAUGUGUAUGUAUUCUGAAAAAACUCUGGAAGACAAGGAUUUGGAUUGUCAGAAGGAGGCUGCCCAUAUAAUUAAUGCCAUGCAAAAAAAGAUCCACCUGCAGACUCUGCGGGCACUGUCUGAAGUGCAGAAAAUGACACCAAGAGAAAGGAUGCGACUGAGGAAGCUCCAGGCAGCUGAUGAGAAAGCCAGGAAGCUGAAAAAGAUCGUGGAAGACAAGUACGAAGAGAAUAACAAACGAAUGCAAGAAUUGAGAUCUCGGAACUUUCAGCAGCUGAGUAUCAAUGUGCUUCAUGAAAAAAAACCUUUAAUGGAAACAGAAGAAAAGGAGGAGCAACUUGAGAGAAGACUUUCUUGUUCACCCCAGGAGAAGGAUGGAGAGAGACAGCCAGGCAGGGGAGAGGAAUUAGAUGAACCAACUUCAGACAACCUGCCUGAGUCUGAGCCUAUUCCUUCCCUGGACCUUGACUCAAAUAUUGAAGAUGUCAUAGCCAACCUUGAACAUCAUGAAAUCCCUGAAGACCCACUUGUGGCUGAAGAGUAUUAUACUGAUGUGUUUGAUUCCUGCUCUGAAGGUAGUGAGGAGCAGGAAGAAGAAAUAGUAUUCUCAGGCCUGGAGGGAGAGUUCAAGGAUGAGGGACCCCAGCCAGCUUGCAGAACAAACCAACAGGACAGUGAUAUUGAAGCAUUAGCCAGGUGUUUGGAAAAUGUCCUGGGUUGCACCUCUCUAGACACGAGGACCAUUACCAGCCUGGCUGCGGACAUGUCUCCAGGACCAGCUAUUUUCAACAGCACGAUGACCAUGACCAAGAUGCAACACAUGAGGGAGUAUUUGAUCCAUUUUGGAUUGACUUUUGUGCAGGAUGAAAGAUCAGCCAUGCAGAAGCUGGGAGCACAAGUAUUUGAGGAGGUCUACGAUUACCUCAAGAGAGCAAGGCAUCAGAAUGCCAGUGAAACAGAGAUCCGCGAGUGUCUCGAAAAAGUGGUCCCUCGGGCCAGCGACUGCUUUGAAGUUGACCAGCUCCUCUACUUUGAGGAACAGUUAUUGAUCACUAUGGGGAAAGAGCCCACUCUCCAGGACCCUCACCAACGAACUGUGGAAAACAAGCAGAAGUUCAAAUAGAUGAAUUUCUGUGAAAAUCCAUGAACUAUAUAAGCUGGACUUUAUUAUGGGAAAUGGGCACAUAACUGGACUACCAUCUUUAACUUCACUCUUGAAUGCCUCCUUUAGAGAGUAGUAAGCGUGGCUGCCUAUUCUUGGAGUCAUGAGUCUUAUGUGUUGCUUGAUCUGUGUCCUGAGAUAAGCUUAUAUAUCAAGCUUGGCAUCCUGAAAAGGAUUUUCCUUAGGUGUGCCUCAGGGCUUCCGACAGGGUUGGAUCAUGCUCUGAUGAUACCUGGGGAGAAGCCAGCAGCUCUUCACUAUUUCUAGUUGGAGGACAGAGCUUAGGCCUGGCUGCCUUUAGUUUCAGUGCACUGUGACCAGCUUGCUUGGAAGGGCUGCUGGACACUGGCCUCUGACAAGCUGAGCUGCCCAGGAGUCAACCAUGUCUGUCUCUCUCUCCCCCUCCUCCCCCCAAUUAUUAUUUUUUACUAUUAACUGUUACUUGAUUUUAUAUCUCACGCUCCUUUUCACCUGUUUUCUCCUCACACUGGCCAUACUAGGCUUCUGGCUGUUUCUCCAACACAUUUUAGCUUUGGGACCCAAAUUCUCUUACCCCUGUAUUUCCCUUUUUUCACAAGGGUCUCUGCCCAGAUGACAGCUCCUCACAAGGGUUCCUGCUCUCCCACCCUGCUGCUGCUUCUUUUUGCUGAGCACCUGUUUUUGUCCAUGUUUCCCUUACAUGACUAGCAAGCAAGAGGUACAUGACUACAAAGACCUGGAUUAAAAAUCCAAAAAGUUCCCUUCUGCGAUUUAUUCCCUGGACUUAUCCAUGGAGAAUUGAAGACUUUUAUUUGUAAUAAAUAUAUAUUCCGUUGUUACAAAAUCACCUAUUUUUAUCUUUUCCUUAUGUGUAAGUAUCUUGUUAAAAGUAAUGCAACCAUCAAAUAAUAAUUAUUACUGAGAGGAGAGGAGAGGAGAAAGCACAUGUUAACAGGGAGGAGACCUCACCCAAGGAAGAGCCCCCUGCAGUCCCCAUGGCCUUCGAUGACCAAAUGGAUUGCAGAUAGGUCUGGAAGAAGGGGGAAUUUAAGUGAAUUUAAGUUAAUGAAAAGUUUAUAAAUCCUCCUGCUGAUGGUUUUUACAACAUUAGAGCAGGAGAAGGCUUGUGCCAAUUGCUGGGUCUGACAAGGAAAUUGCCAAAUUCUGUCUCUACCAUCUUUCACAAACAGAUUAACAUGCCUGGGGAAUCAUGCCCUGCACUUUAGAACCUGUUUCUAAGGAGAUAAGUACAGACUUAAAAUAUCUUACCCUCCAGGGAUUUGUGUUGUAUAUACCACUUCAGGCUUAUAAGAAAAGAGAGCUGGGGAAAUAUUCUGGAUCAUCAUUCCAUGCCUCUUAAGGGAAGCUCAUUCAGGUUUAUCUUUCCUUUGAUUUACUGGGGUAGGAGUUGGGAGAAUAAUUUAACAAGACUUGAAGGAAAUAUUUCUUUAUCAUUACCACUGGGAAAAUUCUUUCUCCUUUAGCUAUACCCAGUCUUAAUUUGAAGUCAUUUCAGUGUGGGAAUUAAUAACUAAUCAAAGAACUAGGAAGUUGCUGGUAUGAAACAGUUACAGGUAUCAGGGAAUAAGGGAACUUGCUGCCUCACUGCUUUAUAAAAAAUACACACACACACAUUUCACAAACGUCUUGACCUUUCUGCUUUCUAUUUAUGCAGAGGAAAUGCCACCAGCUAUUUUGGGUGAUGCAGAGAUAAAGGAGAGUGAUAGAAGUUAAUUAUUUAAUGUCUUCGGGACUGAGGCUGGAGCAAAAGCUCUAGGUCUUUUAUGAAGGAGUUCAGCCAUCACAGUGGGCUCAGGAUAAAGGAAGCAGACAAAUUAGGCAGUAACUCAAGGGGGAGGAUGGCAGGGGGACACACCACAGUCUUUUAAGGUGAUAGGAUGACCAGUGGGUCAGAAGGGAAUGGGACCAGACUACAAAGAUGAUAAAGGAGCAGUAGGGAGACAAUGGGAAGGAGCAGAGUUGUGGGGUGUGUGUGUGUGUGUGUGUGUGUGUGUUAGAGAGAGAGAGAGAGAGAGAGAGAGAGAGAGAAUAAGAGAAUGGGGAAGAGGAAGACUGGGGUGGACAGAGAAAAUAAUAUUUUCAGAUAAUUCUGCCACAACCUGUAUGAUGGAGGAAAAAAAAAAUUGAAUUUGAUGCCAGAAGACUUGGAUUCUAGACCUAUUCUUGCCAUUUACUGUGUGAUCUAGAGCAAGUCAUUUCCUCUCAGCCUGUUUCCUGCCUAUGUCCAACCAUUGCUGGAGAGAAUAUAAAUAAUUUAAUGGGUUAAAUAAAAUGAAAUUGUC